GUCAUCUAACACACUGCUGCUACAUCUACCCAUAACCACCUCAUACAGUAAGUCAUCUAACACAGUGUUUCACUCUCAAACUGCUUUCAACUCAUACUGCAGGUAUUUACAGUUUUAUUAGCAGUUACUAUUAGUUGGUAACGGUUAGUUUCAGAGCUUUCAGAUAAAUUCUGUAUUAGAGGUUCACCAAUUCAAAACAACUACACAGCAUGCCACAGGCACCAGUAGAUGAAGCAAUGUUCAUAUCUUUUCUCUGUCUGAAACAUUCUCCGUAUUCUUGACUGAAUGACAUAGUACAGCUGCUUUGUCUGUCACUGGCGCUGUUUGGUGAUUGGUCAGUAGUAGAGCUGCUGUGUGGUGAUUGGUCUAGAUAUGUUGCGGCUGUCGGAGGGGCAAGUCGGGCGACCACUCAGAAUCCGGACCGCCCAGAGGAGCACCCUGACCAGCGUCUUGCAGUUCCUGGAGUCCCGCCCUGCGAUACACGCCCCCCGUUCUCACCGAACCCUUGGCCUGCAAGCCCCUCCCCCUCGCCGCCUCCUCUCUUCUCUCCCUCACGGUCCCCAUGGCCUUCUGGGUAAACGCAGCUUCCACCACCACACCAGAGCCGAGCCAGAGAAACGCCCAGAAAACCCAGGCCAGACAACGGUACCAGUGCAGAAUGGCCGUAGCAGUGGAGGCGGGGGGACCAGGGGCAGUGCUAGGGGCGGAGUCAUGAUUAGGAAGAGACGCCCAAACUUGAUCGAUGCCCCCGAUGACAGCUUCUUCUUUGUCUCCCGGGAGACCAGUGCUGCAGCCGUUACACAACUGCUCACGGAGGGUCAGGCGGCUGCUGUCUCGGUCCCAGCUGAGGCGCGCCUGUCGACAGCCCUGUGAGCAGAUCACCCUGCGCAGGGCAUCCCAGGCACCACCACAGGGGCUGCUCCUCGCCCCUCCACACCCCCACCCCAGCCUCCGGAUGAGGGGACCCAUUGUCAUCCACGACUGACCCCUGACCUCUGACCCUAUCUCCCUCCCAUGCCUGUCCCCUGCCUAGGCUCAGCUCGACAUGCAAGACCCUAAUCCUAGUUUCACCCAGCCCCGCCCUCCCCAAUGCCCCCCUUUAAAUAAAAAAAAACCUCUGGACUCUUCGGAAUCUGACCCUUCACCUCGGCAGGAAGUGAUGUGCUUCGUUGCCGUGGAGACAGACAUAAAGGGGUUCCCACCUGUACAGAUCCAACUCCCCUGGGACAGAAAACCAGUGAGUGUGUGAACUUGAUUGUUUUUUUCUUCUUCAGUACCUACUGCAUGUCAGUGACUGGUAGUUGUGAGCUCUCCUCAGUUUGUCAGGGAGAUCUAACCUGAUAUCAACUAACCAGAUCGGCUGGAUUUAAAGGGAUGGUUUGAUCACAAACUAGAUGGUUAAAGGGAUUGGAUCAGUAACUAGAUAACUGCAUCAUUAUGUAUCUUACAGUUCCACAACACUGCUAACUUCUGAGUCAACAACAUAGAAAUACGCUCCUCUGCAUCUGAGCCAUUGUAUAUUACUAUACCGAUUGCAACUCUGUACAGUCUAGCCAUUCUAUUUUAUGCUCUACCUAGCACUGCUAUAGGCAGAACACUUCCUCUCUCCUCAAUGGAACCUGGGACUGUCAUGACAGAUCUAAUCUGAUUUGGUAUCCUAUUCCCUGUGUAGGGCACAACUUUUGGCCAGAGCCAUCUAGUGCCCAAGGGAUUAAGGGGCUAUUUAGGACGUCCCCUGCAGUAGCAUGCCACUGAGGUCAAGCCUCCUGAUUUGCUUAUGUUGGUGUUCAUGAAUGUCACGUGUUGAAAUAUGAAAUAUGCUGAUUAAAAACAACACAGUUUCCUCUA